AUGCACUGGUUCGCACUGUUGAAGAGCAUGGCCACCAACCCCAGCACCCUCCUUGCCAUUCUAUCGAAUAUCAGAAAUGGAAUAUACUCCGACUUCGAGAUAAAAUGCCACCCAUCGACCUUCAACGUCCAUCGAUGUAUCGUCUGUCCGCAGUCGCCGUUUUUCGAAAAGGCCCUGUGUGGGGAAUUUCAGGAGGCGAAAACAAAAGUCGUUACUAUCCACGACGAUCCCACGAUUAUUAGCAAGAUGAUUGACUAUUUCUAUCGUGGAGACUAUGACGAAACACCGGACAAGAAACACCCUGCCAAUAACCCUGAAUAUGAGACUCCGACUACCAAAGCGCAUGUUAGUAUCGCAAUGUAUAACGUCGCUGAUAAAUACGCCGUCGAGCCCCUAAUGGCCCUUGCGAAGAAGAAGCUAGAAAAUAGACUUACCCUAGCCUGGAGUAACAAGGAAUUCCUCAGGAUUAUCGAAAAAGUCUACGGACCGGAUAGCCCGCCGAACUCGAAGCUGCGGGAUACAGUAGCAAGUUUCGCCGUGGAGCAUAUUGCUACACUGAAGGAGAUUCCUGCAUUCCGCGAGACACGCAUGGAAUACCCACAGUUUUCAUACGACUUCGCCACAUUCCUGAUAGAAAGAUUGUCUCGUGUGGACAGAAAAAUACGCAAACGGAGUGCACUGUGGCUUACGUUAGGGAGACAGGAUCAUGACAACCUUGGAUAUUGA